AUGUAUUGGCAACUAGCCAUCAGUUUUGUCCUCUUGAUGAUUGUCAUUCCUGCUACUCGGGCACGUGUGCACUAUUUUUUGGCCUAUUUCAUCUACGCCUCUGUCGUGUUCGUCGGUUCGGUUGUGUAUGCGUUCAAGUUCUUUCUCAAAGGAGAACCACGUUAUGAGAAUAGCUGCGAGUUUAUGAAAGUUUAUAGACUGGCUCGCACGUUAAUGGGUCUUCAACCGCGGAUCUUUGGUCUGGAGACUUAUGACCCCGAACAACAAUAUAUUUACAUCGCUAACCAUCAAAGCUUCAUCGAUGUCUUGUCGCUCACAGACGUUUGGAAGCUUCCCUCAACUGUUAUUGCAAAGGAUACUUUGAGGUAUUUCGGUCCACUUGGAGCCAUUCUCUAUUACACCAAAUGCAUCCUCAUUCAUCGCUCUAACCACGAAAAGGCUAUCUCCGAAAUGAACCGAGCAGCUGAGCAAAUUAUGAACGAUAAGGUCAGUCUCUUUGUGUUCCCUGAGGGAACAAGGAACUGUUCAGGUCAUUUGCUGCCCUUCAAGAAGGGCGCCUUUCAUAUGGCAAUUCAGACUCAUCUCCCUAUCCAACCCGUCGUCAUUUCUUGCUACAACUCUUUCCUCGAUCACAAGAGGUUCUCCCUUACUCCAGUGCCUUACAGCAUCUAUCUGCUUCCUCCCAUCUCCACGGUCGGAAUGGACAAGUCUCAGGUAGAUGAGCUGGUGAAGCGAACGUACCUGGCCAUGUCCGAGGUCUUCAAUCGGACGGCUGGAUCUGGGAUGGAUGCAGUCUGGCUACUGCUUUUAAUUUCGAUUCUAACCGUCUUUUACAUCAUCUGCAAGAUUCCAAUUGUGCGCUACUACGUAAAAUAUUUCGCCCUUGGCCUCAUUUUGAAUGUUGGCUCAGUAUUCUUUACACUCACUUUCUUGAUUAAAGGAAAGCCAUCCUUUGCAAAUAGUUGUGAUGUUAUGCCUCUUCUUCACCUGUCUCAAUGUGUACUUGGCCUGCGACCGAAACUAUAUGGGUUGGAGAAUUGCUAUAUGCACCGUCAAUGUAUUUAUGUUAUUAACCAUCAGAGUUUCAUCGAUGCCAUAGUCAUUUCUCACCUAUGGCGUGAGCCCUCGUCGUCUAUUGUAAAGGAUUCUCUUCGUUUCUAUGGGCUGGGUUGGCCAAUGAUCCACUUCAUGCGAAUCCUUUCGAUUGUUAGAAAUGACCACGCAAAAGCAAUGAAAACUAUGCGUGAAGCAGUCAGGAUGGUCAAAAAGGAACAUGUAAACAUGUUUAUUUUCCCAGAAGGAACCCGAAAUUAUAGUGGUCGACUAUUGCCCUUCAAGAAAGGUGCCUUUCACCUUGCGAUUCAAACACAACUUCCAAUCGUACCCGUGGUUAUUUCCUGCUACAACUCCUUUCUUGAUCACAAGAAUAAGAUUUUUGAUGACGCCGCCUACGCGGUCUACAUCCUUGCACCCAUUUCUACGGAGGGUCUCACUUCUGCCGAUGCUACAAGCCUAACGGAGAAGACACAUGCAGUCAUGAGUAAGGUGUUCGACCUCACAGCCGGUGCCACCAAGGAGGAUCUGUGGAUGGAUCUUCGGGAGAGGGAGAAGCUUCAAGAACACGAAGAGGGGCAGGAGCAAGAGCAACAGUCACAGUAG